ACUAUCGCUUCAAGUGAAAACAUCACAAAGACUAGAGAGACUUAGAGCACAAAAGAGUUGUGCAGAGAAAUAAAAAAAUGGAGACGAAGGAAAAGAAUCCCAACAACAAAGCCCCUCAUGUCCUAGUCCUCCCCUUCCCAGCCCAAGGCCACAUCAACCCAAUGCUCCAAUUCUGCAAACGUUUAGUCUCCAAAAACAUCAAAGCCACUCUCGCUAACACCAUCUCUAUCUCCACCUCCAUCCACUCAAACCCCACCAACACCACCACCACCACCACCACUUCCCCAAUCGAUGUCCACACGAUCUCCGACGGCUACGACCACGGUGGCCUCGCUAAAGCAGAGAGCCCCGCCGCCUACUUAAAAAAAUUCCGAGUGGUUGGGUCUCAAACUCUGGCCGAUCUCAUCAACAAACUAGCCCAUAUAGGCCACCCUGUGGAUGCUCUAGUUUAUGAUGCGUUUUUGCCAUGGGCACUUGAUGUUGCAAAGCAAUUUGGAAUAGUUGGAGCAGUGUUCUUCACUCAAUCUUGUGCUGUUAAUAGCAUAUAUUAUCAUGUCUAUGAGGGGAUUCUUUCACUUCCUCUUUCAGGGGAGACUGUUUUGGUUCCUGGAUUGCCACAGCUUCAGCCAUGGGAGUUGCCUUCGUUUGUGUAUUCAUAUGGGUCGUAUCCUGCUUUCUAUGACAUGCUUAUCAAUCAGUUUUCUAAUAUUCAGAAAGCAGAUUGGGUCUUUUUCAAUACUUUCUACCAAUUAGAGGAAGAGGUAGCAGAUUGGAUGGCGAAACUUUGGCGAGCGAGGACAAUAGGCCCAACAAUUCCAUCAAUGUACUUAGAUAAGCAACUCAAAGAUGACAAAGACUAUGGUAUCAAUCUCUUCGACCCAAACUCCAAUGCAUGCAUCAACUGGCUCAAUGCUAAGCCUAUCAACUCUGUAAUUUAUGUGUCCUUUGGGAGCAUGGUAGAAAUUGGAUUCGAACAAAUGCAAGAAAUAGCUUCGUGUUUGAAGGAAAUCGAAUACAACUUCUUGUGGGUUGUGAGGGGAUCUGAGGAGGCCAAGCUACCAAACAAGUUCGCGGACGAGACAUCUGAGAAGGGCAUGGUGGUGACAUGGUGUCCACAACUAGAGGUGUUGGCACACGAGUCAACAGGGUGUUUUGUAACACAUUGUGGGUUCAACUCUGUUCUCGAAGGGUUGGGCUUGGGAGUGCCUAUGGUUGCGAUGCCACAGUGGACGGACCAGAGUACAAAUGCCAAGUAUGUAGAGGAUGUGUGGGGUGUAGGGCUUAGAGCUAGGUGUGACGAGAAGGGAAUUGUGAGAAAAAAGAUGUUGCAAGAAUGUAUAAGGGAGGUGAUGGAAGGAGAGGGAGCAAAUGAAAUAAAGAAGAAUGUGAUCAAAUGGAAGAAAUUAGCAAAAGAGGCGGUUGACGAAGGUGGGAGUUCAGAUAAAAAUAUUGAGGAAUUUGUAGCUGAAUUAUUAUGCUCCUAGUUGUAUUAUUGAAUUGAUUUCCUCUCAAAUAAAAUAUGGCAAUAUAUCUCUUUGGAAAUGUUAGCCAUUGCCAAAGUAUUCAUUAGCGUUCA